GUUUCCCGGAAGUCCGCAAACCGAAGAUGGCGGAAAACCAAAACUAGAACCAACAAGCAAUAAUAAUUUUUUUUUUGAGUUUUCCGGUUGUAAAAUGGUGGAGAAGCAUCUGGAUAAAAAAAGCGUGCCGGAGCUCGAGGAUCUAGCCGCGGAGUGGCGGAAGUUGAGCUGUGCCGUGCGUGAGGUGGCAGAGAGAUUAGAUUACAAGCUCAUCUGGCUGAUCAGUUCGUUCGUUCUGGCCAGUAUCUUGAUGUUUGUUUAUCUUCCGGGAGAUAUGGUCGGCGAACAAAACCCGCCGCCGGAUAAUCUGUCGUUAAAAUUGGAUGAUUUGUUAGGAGAUAAUGGUAUUAGAGCACUCACCCAGGAGGAACUCGACUACUUCGCCAAGAACAUCCAGCUCAACUUCACCGUCCUAGAGAACUCCUACUUCAACAAGAAGUUAUUCGAGGCUGAGAUUCUGCUCACCAACAAGGGCAAGCGGACAUUCCCAUCACAAGGCUGGGGCAUCGUGUUUUCUCAGCCGUCUUUGGUUGAGCCCAACUCGUACCCCUACCCCGAUGGCAUCGACAAGCCCAAAUACGGGGUCCGCUUCUACUUCCUCAUGGGGAACGUCUACCGCAUGGAACCCACGUCCAGGUUCGGAACCAUCCGAGCCGGCAAGAGCAAGUUUAUCCGCUACAUCAGCGAGCACUCCAACGUAGCCCUUAGUGAUGUCCAUCCCAAUUGGUACCUAGAAGCCCCUGGGCUCGAGGCGAGGGUCAUAGAAAACACCCGCGGGGAGUCGAUGGACUUUGUCGCCCCCUACAACAGCCCGGCCGCCUGGAAGAGGAACCUGGUCAUUGCUGACCCAGAUUAUGACGUCCUAAGUCCUUUCUCGGCCACCAAGCGUUACCUCAUGAUGGCCACAGAGGACCUGGGAGUGGCCCCUAAUCCUAUCCUACCCACACCGCUUCACGUGCAAGUGCACAACCCCCAAGCAUCUGUCAAUGUACUCACCAACAGCUGGGUCAUAUACACAGAGACAAGAUUCGCAAACGAGGCUCAGUAUUUAAGUGAGACCUGGGGCAUGAAGAUGGUGCUGAGGAAGCCUGGCAGCUACUGCAUCUCAUUCUUGGAGGAGGAAGUGCCGGUCAGCUAUAAGGACAAGACGUUACCCACAGACGAAUCUUACGAACUCCGUGUGACCCCAGUCACCAACAUCAUCACCAUCAAAGCUUCAAAAGCUGCCGGGGCAUUCUACGGCAUUCAGUCUCUCCUAAGUCUAGUGGACAAGGAUGGAAACAUCCCUGAGACCGUCAUUGUUGAUGGACCGAGGUACAAGUACAGAGGACUCCUGCUGGACGUCGCUAGAAACUUCCAGAGCAAGGAAAAAAUUUUCAGAUACUUGAAUGUGAUGGCCAUGUACAAGUUAAAUAAAUUACAUUUCCACUUGACUGACGAUGAGGGGUGGAGGCUUGCCAUACCUGGACUGGAGGAGUUGACGGAGAUAGGAGCAACAAGGUGUCAUGAUCCGACGGGUACCAAAUGCCUGCUGCCGUUCUUAGGCUCUGGUCCUAUACCUGGCCCACCUGGCUCAGGUUUCUACACGGUAGAGGACUACAGAGAGAUAUUACGGUAUGCCACGGCCAGACACAUUGAGGUCAUCCCAGAGAUAGACCUGCCUGGCCACAGUCACGCGGCCAUCAAGGCCAUGAUGGCCAGGUACUUGAAGAUGGUGUCACGUAACGUCACAGAGGCAUCACGCUACUUGCUGAGUGACCUUGAGGACAAGUCCGAGUACCUAUCCGUCCAGUCGUUUGCUGACGACGCCAUCAACCCUUGCCUGAGGUCCACCUACACCUUCAUCAGCCGGGUACUCAACGCCCUCUACGCCAUGCACCGGGACAUCAGCCCUCUCAAGGUUUUUAAUUUCGGUGGAGACGAAGUGCCCGCGGGCACGUGGGAGAAAUCCCCCGUGUGUGAGCGGUUGCGUCAGAGCGGCGUGACGUCAGACCUGAAGAGCUACUUGGUGACCCAGAUAUCCAACAUGACGUCCAUCUACAACCUUGACCUUGCCGCCUGGGAGGACGGGGUCAUGAGCGAGGGGAAGCCGAUGAACCGGGCGAACCUCCCCAACAAGAACAUCUACAUUUACGCUUGGAAUAAUGUAUGGGAGUGGGGCACAAUGAAGCGAGCAUACGAAUUUGCUAACAGCGGAUACAAGGUCAUCGUGACCCCGGCCACCAACUUCUACCUAGACCACCCAUCCGAGCCCGACCCCAAGGAGAACGGGCUGUACUGGGCGUCCAGGUACACGGACAUGAGGAAGGUGUUCACCACCAUGCCGGAAAACCUGUACCUGAACGCCGACACCUUCAGGAGCGGCAAGAACAUCUCCAUCUGUGAGGGGCCGGACAAGGAGGAACAGUGCCCACAGCUGUUGAAACCUGAGAACAUUGAAGGUGUCCAGGGGUGUUUGUUCGGUGAGCUCCUGCGGACCCAGACCAUCACAGACUACAUGUUGAUGCCGAGGAUGUUGGCUCUAGCUGAGAGAGCUUGGCAUGAAGCACCCUGGGAAUCCGAGCCAGAGAAGGAGAAGAGGAUGAAGGCGAUGAACGAGGACUGGACCAACUUCGCUAACACGGUGGGCUACAAGGAGCUGGCGAGACUGGACAGGAUUGGGUUCAAGUACCGGAUUCCACUGCCCGGUGCCACCGUUGAAAACAAUAUCCUAAAGACGUCCUUAUCCCUGCCUGGGCUGGGCAUUGAAAUAUCAGACGAUGGCGGCGCCACCUGGAAGUGGGCCCAGUCUGGUAUCACCCCCAUAGACAGCAGCAAAGAUUACCUUUUGAGGACCAGCUCAGCGUUCGGCACCCGGUACAGCCGAGAGAUCUCGCUGUUCCAGGAGUUCAACAAGGCGCCCUCGCCCCUGUCCUCGUAUUAUCUCGUGGCCAUGGGCGUCAACUUGACCUUCUUCGCCAACAUGCUCAACAACCUUCUCUAGCUGGGAUCUUGGUGAAGCAUCUUCGGGGCAGAUGCUACUAUCAGAGUACCCUCCACUCCACAUUCAGCCAUUAUCCCAUCGCUGAUCCAACUAGACCUUGACCUUAGCUUUGACCCUAAUCUACACCAUGAAUUUUAACUUAAGCCUAAAUUUAUUCCCAGACUUGUUUUUUGUGUCUAACCAAAAUUCACAGCUAUUCACUAAGCAAGUUUUUACUAGUCUUUCUUAUUUUUUUUAAACUACUCCUAAUCCUAAUCCUAGCAUAUACCCGAACCGUAAAACCUGAU